AUGUCUGUAGUUUACAAUAAGACACCUCUUCUGCGUCAGUUUUUUCCAGGAACAAAAUCCAGAAAAUCGAAUAGUCUUCCUCAGUUCUUCUUGAAGUAUGAAUGUUUACAGCCAAGUGGUAGUUUUAAAAGUAGGGGAAUCGGUAAUUUAAUCCUCAAACAAGCUAUGCAAAUCCAUAAAAAAGGUACAAAAAGACCGGAAGUUUUCGCUUCGUCUGGAGGUAAUGCAGGUUACGCUGCUGCUGUCGCAUGUCAAAGAUUGUCAUUGCCAUGUACUGUCGUCGUACCAACAGCUACAAAACAAAGAAUGAUAGAAAAAAUUAAAGAUACUGGUGCUAAUGUCAUCAUUGAUGGAGCAUUUUGGAAAGAAGCUGAUCAAUAUUUGAAAAAGUCUGUGAUGAAUAAGAUAAAUAAGAAUGAGAUUGAUCCCAUUUAUGUACAUCCAUUCGACAAUCCUUUAAUAUGGGAAGGUCACUCCUCCAUUGUAGAUGAAAUAAUGGAUACACUUAGAGAGCAAAAGGUCCAACCUUCUAACAUUAAAGGUAUAGUAUGUAGCGUGGGUGGUGGUGGUUUAUACAACGGUAUCAUUCAAGGCCUUGAAAGACACAAGUUGGUUGAUAAAAUACCAGUUGUUGGUGUAGAAACAGAAGGUUGUCACGUCUUCAAUACAUCUUUGAAACUAGGUAAACAAGUCGAAUUCGAAAAAAUCACAAGCAUAGCUACUUCAUUAGCUACCGCCAGUAUAUCUGCAAAGACAUUUGAAAACGCUUUGAAAUACGGCACAAGAUCUGUCAUUGUCAAGGAUGCAGAUGUCAUUGAGACUUGCCUAAAAUACACAAAGGAUUACAAUAUGGUCACAGAACCAGCCUGCGGUGCGUCAAUCCAUUUAGCUUAUAAUAUUGACAUUCUAGAAAAUGCGUUAGGCACUAAGUUAACGAAGGACGAUACUGUCGUAGUUAUUGCAUGUGGGGGUUCUUCAAACACUUUACAAGAUAUGGAGGAAACCCUACUAAGACUAAGAAGCGAGGAAAAUGCUGCAAUGACACUACCAAAUCCAUUUUUGAAAGUCAACAAGGAAACGUUUUUAAAGAAUAUUUAA